AAUUUAAAAAAAUAAAAAAUUAUAUUAAAAAUAUUUUAACACAAUAAAAAAUAAUAAUUUAACAUGAUAAAAAAAUCAACAAUCAUCAGUGUUUUUGUUAUUUUUCCAAAAGAAGAUGCCAAAAGAUACAAGAAGCAACACGAGAGCCCAACCCAUCAAACUUUGUGUAUGGCGCUAGGACUAAGCUACUAACGGUCAAUGUGCAAGAAAUUCCCAACUUGAAUCAAGAGCCACAAGCAAGAACCAAAGCUCCUCCGUGGCAACUUCCACUCCUUGCAAAUUUUCUCAUGGCUUCCUUCUUUUCACCUGUCACAUAACCUCCACAAGAUAGUUCACUUUAUAUAUUCACUUCUUUCUUCUUGUAGAGAGGCUUGCUUCUCUUUCUUCUUGGAAGAAAAUGGCAAAAUUUACACUUAUUAAUAAUAAAGCAGACAACUUUUGCUUUCUUUCUAACAACACAAACACACAUGCUUCUUUCUUUAACAACUCUUGUCUCAAGUUCAAGAAUUCGCAUUUAAUACCCUCCAAGAGAAUCUUGAAAUUCAGGGUUUUGUGUAGUGUCAAAGAGAAAGAGAAUGUUAAAGAAAGUGAGAGAGUUAAUGAAGUUGUAUCUGGAUUGCGAGUCGAGGGAUUGAAGCAGACUGGGCUUCAAUUGGGGAAUGAUAGUGGAUUACAAGAAGUGGGUUUUGAUUGGAAUUGGCCUCCAUGGAAGAAUAUUCCUCAAAGAUAUAAACUCAUUGGCACUACUUCACUUGCUUUUGUUAUUUGUAAUAUGGACAAGGUAAACUUGAGUGUUGCAAUUAUUCCAAUGUCUCACCAGUUUGGCUGGAAUGCAUCAAUGGCUGGGCUAGUGCAAUCGUCCUUCUUUUGGGGAUAUGCGUUGAGUCAAUUACCGGGCGGUUGGCUAUCCAAGAUAUUUGGUGGGAGGAAAGUUCUUAAGAUUGGAGUAUUAGUUUGGUCAUUGGCAACAGCAUUUGUUCCUUUACUUGCUGGAUUUAUGCCUGGACUCGUCUUAUCAAGGGUCUUGGUUGGCAUAGGAGAAGGUGUUUCCCCGUCAGCUGCAACUGACCUUAUUGCCAGGUUAAUACCUUUGGAAGAGCGCUCACGGGCUGUAGCAUUUGUGUUUGGUGGACUGAGUGUAGGAAGUGUUGCAGGGCUUCUUUUGGCUCCUCCUCUCAUUCAAAUUUUUGGUUGGGAAUCUGUUUUUUACAUUUUUGGCUUUCUUGGAAUAGCUUGGUUUUUGACAUUUCAGUUUCUUGAAGAGGAACAAUCUUCUUUCGCCAUUGGACCCACAGCAAGUCCCCAGUCUACUUAUUUGGAAAAAUCAUGGAAUACUUCUCUUCCAGAAUUGAGCAGCUCCUUGAAGGAUGUUCCAUGGAAAGCAUUUUUCGAGACUAGAGCAGUGUGGGCGAUGAUAUAUGCUCAUUUUUGCGGUAGCUGGGGUCACUAUACUUGUUUAUCUUGGCUUCCAUCUUAUUUUAGUGAGGAGCUUAACCUAAAUUUGACAGAGGCUGCAUGGGUUUCCAUCCUUCCUCCUUUGGCUUCAGUUUUUGUGACUAGCAUUGCUGCACAGUUUGCUGACAACUUAAUUGCCAAUGGAGUUGAAACCACUACAGUCCGGAAAAUUUGCCAAACAGUUGCCUUUUUGUCUCCUGCUGUUUGCAUGACUCUCUCCUCCGUAGAUCUAGGACUCCCACCUUGGGAGAUUGUGGGGAUUUUGAGUGGCGGCUUGGCCCUCUCAAGCUUUGCCUUAUCUGGACUGUACUGUACACAUCAAGAUAUAUCUCCUGAAUAUGCAAGUAUAUUGUUGGGUAUUACAAACACUGCUGGGGCAAUACCUGGAAUUGUAGGAGUUGCCUUGACUGGUUAUCUUCUUGAUACAACACAUUCAUGGAGUUUAUCGUUGUUUGCACCAUCAAUCUUCUUCUACUUGACUGGUACGGUCGUGUGGUUGGCAUUAGCAAGCAGUAAGCCUCAAAACUUUUCGAAAAGAAGUUGAUUUUGAUCUUGAGUUUAGUUUGUUUUUCUGAGUGAUCAAUUCUGAGAAAGCGGCAUUGACAAUGUUACUCUUAUAUUCUAAUCCGCCAUGUUCGGUGGAGAUCGACCAGAAUGAUCACUGACUAGGUUUGUUUUGUAUAUCAACAAACACACCAAGCAAACCCAAAGGAGAGAAAGAAAAGAAAUCAGUCAUGUGUAAUUUGAUAUAUAGCAAUAGCAUGUUGUAUAGUUGACCAAAGUGGUAACAAAUUGGCCAUCAAAAAUAUGUAAAUGAAAGCAUUGUAUAUUCCAGCGAAUUUUCGCCAAACAAACUUGAGUUUGCUUGAAGAGAGAAAUAACAGUAACAUGUUACCUCAA